AUGGAUAAGCAGAGUUUCAGUCCCCAAAGUGGGGAGGAAGCCACGAGAAGACCCCUGUUCCUGCGGGAUGCAAGGGACCACUCUCCUGGCACCAAGGCUGCUGUGAACAUGAACACAGAGGCCCAGGGCACCAGCUGGGCGCACGUCCCACCACUGGAGCUACCGCCAGCGGACCUGGCAGGAGCCACUGUCGCCAGGAGCUGGAGGGAAAAUGGAUUAAGUGCCAAACAGAGGAGCCCCAAGUCAGCUUCAGGACUCAGUGGUGGGAAGGAGGGGGUGAAGAGAGGCCUCUUCAUGAAGCAGCCUUUACAACAUGGAGGAGACCGGUCUGCUCUGCUCAGCCCUCAGCCGCGGAUCACCCGAUCCUGGUGGUUCACCCACCGCCAGGCCCCUCCGCACACAUGCCCCAGUGGGCCGAGGUCCUUCUGGCUGGUGGCCCGUUCUGAGUGGGUCCUGCCUGGUGCCUCUGCUUCCGGUUCUUCUGUCGUGCGGCUCCUACCCCAUGCAGGUUGGAGGCGGCAGCACAGACCCUGCCCGGAGAAACCCUGGUUCAGCCCCCAGGGCUGCCGCCAUGGGGCCAGCUCUCACCAUCAGCAGUGCUUUGCCCCUUUGGAAGAAUGGCAGCAUUGA